CGGAGCAGGAUAUCAAGUUCGUCUUAGACCCUGCCGACUAGGGUACGGGGCGGGGUCGUCCUGGGGCCGCCGAUCUGGAGACUGCCUCGCGUCACGAAGCCUAGCGCCGUCCCCGCCCGGUCUUCCGGUGCAGGGCCGUGCGCGGGCCGAGAGGUCUGGUUCGCCCGGACCGACCCCCCCAGUCCCCUGCAGUACCCCGAGGCUCGCCAAGUGCAGCUGCGGAGCCUCGCUACGCGCAGGCAGGGUGGCCGCUGCGGGGGGUGUGGAUGAACCUGACAAGAUGAAGAGCCGAAUCCCCGUGGUGCUCCUGGCCUGCGGCUCCUUCAACCCCAUCACCAACAUGCACCUGCGCUUGUUUGAGGUGGCCAGAGACCACCUGCACCAGACAGGGAUGUACCAGGUGAUCGGAGGUGUCAUCUCCCCUGUCAAUGACAACUACGGGAAGAAAGACCUCGCAGCCUCCCAGCACCGGGUAGCCAUGGCGCGGCUGGCCCUGCAGACGUCCGACUGGAUCCGGGUGGACCCCUGGGAGAGUGAGCAGAUGCGGUGGGUGAAGACGGUGAAGGUGCUGAGGCAUCACCACAGCGAGCUACUGAGAUCGUGGCCCCAGAUGGAAGCCCCGGGCCUCAGCGGGACCCCAGGAAGAUGCCCCAACCAGGCACACUCCCCGGCAAGCGCAGGGCAGCGAACUGAAGGUCUGAAUGAAGGCGGCCGCCGGCCAGGGACAAACCUGGUCCUCCGACACCCUGCCCCCGCCCCCGUUAAGAGGGGAGGAGCGACGGCUACAAUGGAUCCUCCUGCGGGCUUUGUGCGAGCUUGGACUCCAGCUGUCGCCGCCCCCCAAAGCCCCCGGCCCCGGGAGGGCGCGCAUUUCCGGGCUGCCCACCGCCCCGGUCGCAUCCGUGGCCGCUGCCCCGGCAAAGUUGAGAGCCGCCCCGCUCGCUCCGUGGCCGUCCCGCCCCACUCGCCCCACGAAAUGCCGGUCGACUUCACGGGGUACUGGAAGAUGCUGAGCAACGAGAAUUUCGAGGAGUACCUGCGCGCUCUCGAUGUCAAUGUGGCCUUGCGCAAAAUUGCCAACUUGCUGAAGCCAGACAAAGAGAUCGUGCAGGACGGCGACCAUAUGAUCAUCCGCACGCUGAGCACUUUUAGGAACUACAUCAUGGACUUCCAGGUUGGGAAGGAGUUUGAGGAGGAUCUGACGGGCAUAGACGACCGCAAGUGUAUGACCACGGUGAGCUGGGACGGGGACAAGCUGGAGUGUGUGCAGAAGGGCGAGAAGGAGGGGCGCGGCUGGACCCAGUGGAUCGAGGGUGAUGAGCUGCACCUGGAGAUGAGAGCGCAGGGUGUGGUCUGCAAGCAAGUGUUCAAGAAGGUGCACUGAGGCCCCUGCAGAUGGCCAGACUGUGGCCACAAGGAAGGAGGGGUGUGGCCCUGCGGGCCCGGUUGCCCCUCUUGGUACUGCAUGGUGUAGGGACAUCUAGCCAGCCCCUGGCAUCUGCUAGCAGAGUCUGUCUCUUGGCCUUGUUUCUUUUCCUUUUCUUAAAAAGAAGUUGUUUCAAUAAAAGUGAUCUCUGCUUAA